AUGGACAACGACACGGAUGCAGCCUUCAUUGGCGAAGCCGAAAUCAGAUCGAAGAAGGCCAACGUCUCCAGGUCACGGCCGGCUAGCACUCAUUCGGGCGAAGAGAACACUACCGUUGCAAGAGGAGGCAUAGAUGCACGAGUGGCCACAGACGAGCAGGACCCAUUACUGCCCUCUGAACCCCGCCAAAGAAGACCGAGUGAUGCUGGUUCAGGCCACGAGUGGGCUGGUGUCGCCGACUUCGACCACCUCCCAUGGUACCGCAAGCCUUCCAUCUACUUUGUCCUGGCACCCUUCUUCGUCAUGACUCUGGCAUUUGGCGCCAUUAUAUCCCCGAGAAUCAAUCUCAUCCUCAACCUUGUCUGUCGCGAAUACAUGUCCGAGCAGCAGACCAAGAACCCCGGCCAUUCUUUCUUGCCCAUCUUGUUCGAGGGCGAGAACCCUCAGUGCAGAUCUCCAGAAGUGCAGGCCAGGGUCGCACAAUUCACCCUGUACGGAAACCUGAUUGCUGGACUUCUCUCAGCCAUCACUAGUCCGAAGCUGGGUGCUCUUUCAGAUCGCUUUGGCCGCACAAAGAUCCUCGCCCUGACAAGCAUGGGCAUCAUUGCAGGAGAUGCCCUGAUCAUCAUGGCUGCUACCAAGCCCGAGACCUUCCCGGUCAACUGGAUUCUGGUUGGUUAUGCUCUAGAUGGUCUUUCUGGCUCCUUCAUUGCCGCCAUGGCCAUCGCCAAUGCCUACGCUACCGAUUGCACUCCUCCGGCCCGCCGUAACAUCUCCUUUGGUUAUCUCCAUGGCUGUCUCUUCACUGGUAUUGCUUUGGGACCUAUCCUCGGAGGACUUAUCGUUAAGGCUACAGGAAAGAUUCUGUCCAUCUUCUAUGCUUCGCUUGCUGUACACGCAGCCUUCAUCCUCUUCAUCGCUUUCUGUGUCCCCGAAUCACUCUCUCAGCGUCGCCAGCAAGCUGCUCGGGAGAAGCAUCAAGUAGACAAGGCUCAAAGGGGCUCUUCCGACUGGAUCGAUCGGGUCCGAGCUGUCAACAUCCUGGAGCCGCUCAAGAUUCUGUGGCCUACCGGCGAGGGUUCUUCACCUGCGCUCAGACGUAACCUUGUGCUCUUGGCUGCUGUUGAUACCAUAUUGUUUGGUGUUGCAAUGGGAAGCAUGACAAUCAUUGUCAUCUACGCCCGCUACCAAUUCAACUGGGAGUCGUUCGAGUCUGGCAUCUUCUUGUCCAUUGUCAACACUUGCAGAGUCUUGUGUCUUAUUGUCGUCUUACCGCUGGUCACACGCUAUGUUCGCGGCAAGGCAAGCGAGACCAAGCAGCGUAGCUCCGGUAGUGAUACAUUCGAUCUUGUCGUCGUCCGCGUCGCGGUCUUCUUUGAUACUUUGGGAUACCUUGGAUACACCCUCGCUCGUACCGGUCCGCUGAUGAUUCUCUCUGGCAGCAUAGCAAGCAUCGGAGGUAUUGGCUCGCCAACUCUUCAGUCAGCGCUGACUAAGCAUGUACCGCAUGAGAAGACCGGCCAACUGCUCGGUGCGUCUGGACUUUUACAUGCCUUGGCCCGAGUUAUCGCCCCUACUAUUUUCAAUGCUAUAUACUCGGCGACUGUCGGAAAGUUUACGCAAACGGUGUUUGUCUGCCUCACCGCCACCUUCGGCCUGGCAUUUGUGCUCAGUUUCUUCAUUAGACCACAUGUCUAUCUUGAGAAGGCUGCAGCAGACGAAGAUUCAUGA